AAGGAUUCUGUCGGGCAUCCCACCUGUGGACACACCAGUCAGAUCACACUGGGCAGAGGCUGGUCAUCUGCUGAAUUUAAGGGAAGGGAUUCUCUCGGUCAUCUGUCCUAAUGGCACACCAGCGUGUUCACACCAAGGGGCGGUCAUUCACCUGCACAGUCUGCAGGAAGGGAUUCACUCAGUCAUCCAAACUACAGAGACAUCAGCGAGUUCACACUGGGGAGAAGCUGUUCACCUGCUCAGUCUGUGGAAAGGGAUUCACUCGGUCAUCCAACCUACAGAGUCAUCAGAGAGUUCACACUGGGGAGAAGCCAUUCACCUGCUCUGACUGUGGGAAGAGUUUCACUCGGUCAUCCCAACUACUGGUACACCAGUCAGUUCACACUGGGGAGAAGCCGUUCACCUGCUCAGACUGUGGGAAAGGAUUUACUCAGUCAUCCAACCUACUGGUACAUCAGCGAGUUCACACUGGGGAGAAGCCAUACACCUGCUCAGUCUGUGGGAAGGGAUUCACUCAGUCAUCCAACCUACAGUGUCAUCAGAGAGUUCACACUGGGCAAAAGCCAUUCACCUGCUCAGUCUGUGGGAAGGGAUUCACUCGGUCAUCCAACCUACAGAGUCAUCAGAGAGUUCACACUGGGGAGAAGCCAUUCACCUUCUCAGUCUGUGGGAAGGGAUUCACUCUGUUAUCCAACCUACAGAGUCAUCAGCGAGUUCACACUGGAGAGAGGCCGUUCACCUGCUCAGAAUGUGGGAAAGGAUUCACUCGGUCAUCCCAACUGCUGGUACACCAGUCAGCUCACACUGAGGAGAAGCCGUUCACCUGCUCAGACUGUGGGAAGGGAUUCUCUCAGUCAUCCAACCUACAGAGUCAUCAGAGAGUUCACACUGGGGAAAAGCCAUUCACCUGCUCAGUCUGUGGGAAGGGAUUCGCUCAGUCAUCCAACCUACAGAGUCAUCAGAGAGUUCACACUGGGGAGAAGCCAUUCACCUGCUCAGUCUGUGGGAAGGGAUUCGCUCAGUCAUCCAACCUACAGAGUCAUCAGAGAGUUCACACUAGAGAGAAGCCAUUCACCUGCCCAGUCUGUGGGAAGAGAUUCACUGAUCCAUCCAUCCUACAGAGUCAUCAGAGAGUUCACACUGGGGAGAAGCCGUUCACCUGCUCAGACUGUGGGAAGAGUUUCACUCGGUCAUCCCAACUACUGGCACACCAGCAAUUUCACACUGGGGAGAAGCCAUAUACCUGUUCAGUCUGUGGGAAGGGAUUCACUCAGUCAUCCAACCUACUGGUCCACCAGCGAGUUCACACUGGGGAGAGGCCAUUCACCUGCUCAGUCUGUGGGAAGGGAUUCACUCAGUCAUCCAACCUACUGGUCCACCAGCGAGUUCACACUGGGGAGAAGCCAUUCAUCUGCUCACCGUGCGGGAAGGGAUUCACUAGCUCAGCUAAACUGAAGAUACAUCAGAGAGUUCACACCGGGGAGAAGCCGUUCACCUGCUCAUUCUGUGGGAAGGGAUUCACUCGGUCAUCAAACCUACUGGCACACCAGUCAGUUCACAAUGGGAAGUAGCCAUUGUUAUGAAUCCCUGGGUUUCCUUUGCUGUGGACUGUCAUUUUAAGAGAGAGAGAUUAAGAAGGUGAAUCAGUCUGACUUGCAGCUUGUUUACAUCGCUCGCAGCUUGUUUAGUUUUAACCGAGAACACAGACACUCAGAGUCAGACGGAGACGAAGGAGGGAAAAUGGAAGGAUCGAAACCAGGGAACUAGUGGCCAAGAGUCACUGUUUAGAAGUUUCCUAUGCCCACAAGGGUGGGUUAAUUAUUGAUCCAUGUACAUUGAAUGUGUGUUUGUCACCUUGUUUGAUCCAUAGGAGUGGAUCUGAUUUGGGAUGUCCUGUGGAAACCACUUAUGUGUUAACCCUUGCCUGGCUGUGAUGUGGUAGUUCACUUGAAGAUGAUACACCUUGUGACAAGUCACUUUUGGUGAUAAUUUGUAUGUGGAUUUGGAGCGAUGACGGAUAAAAUCUACAGCGACUGUUCUCUUGUUUUACCACCGUGGAACCUGAGGAAUUUGACAUAUUUGCCUUCUCUCACCAUUUACCCUGGAUUACAAAUCUCUCUCCCUCAUCGCCUAUUCUGUGGUUGAACUGAACUUUCAUACUUUAGCAUCUCAAGACUGCAAGCCUUGUUUCCCCUGAGCUCAAUAGUUUGGGAGUUAUACUUAUACACAUUUAUAAACUUAACACUGUUAACUUCUGUUUAUCUUGUUUAAGUUGCAAUAUUACAAGUAGAUUCCAAUAAAGACAGAUUUAACAUCAAAACCAAACUCCAGAUGUAAUCUAUUGCUGCUGGCUUGUUUCUAAAGCAUUAUGGUUCGUAACAAAUUUGGGGCCUGCGUCUGGGAUAUGAACAAAUUUGCGAGCUAUUGAUCGAAGAAUUAUCAUUUGAUUGGGGAAAUCCCUUUUGAUUUAUUUGUUGUGGAAAUCACCAGCAAUGGACAUUUAUAAAUUUCUAGAAGCGCCAACCCCUAAGGGAUUAGGAAAAGCCAAAAAGAAUGAAUUGCUGACUGAUGCUAAUGGAUGAAUCUUAAGCAGGUAAGGGGCUGUGAAGGACAAGGGCAAGCACACAACUGGGAGAGAAGGUAAAGGUAAAACAAUAGGGGUUUUAUUAUAAAAUAUAGGCAUCCACCCCAUUUUUCAGAGACUGGGAUCCCUGGUUCAACCGGUAAUGACGUGCAUUUCAAUGUGCUCACCUCCCAGUCCUCGAUUCUCCAAAUGAAAUUGUUAUCACAUUUGAUCUUUCUUCAUAUGAUGACCUAACCAUUUCAGGGAUCAGUCUGUUGAAACUUCAUUGCACUCUCUAUAACAAAUACUCUCUAACCACUUUGUUAAUCCUCUGUGCAAAAACUGUUCAUCUUCUGCAGCCCCGUGUUGCCCCAACCAUUCAGCUCCCAACCCUGUCAUUGGCCCCACUUGCAGGUCAACAGUGUGCCGGUGUUUCCCCCCCAAUAUGAAUCCCUAUGCUCGCCACCACCGUGGGCUCAGACAUUUUCACAGAUUUCCACCGGGACAAACAUCUUGUCCGCCCCCUCUCACACGAUCUAUUUCCUUU